GACUGAUAGAAUUGCCAUGGAAAUCAUCAAACAGUGCUGGAUAUGUGUUUUAUCUGUAUUACACUGGAGUGUUAUGAUAAUCAUCAGAAAAUGCUGGACAUGUGUUUUAUCUGUAUUGAAUUGGUGUUUAAAGAUGGUCCAAUUCAUUCUAGAAUGCAUCAAAAAUGUUUUCACAUGGACAUCUCAGCAGUAUAGAAAGAACAAACCGAUGUGUGGUCAUUCAGUGGCCACGCCCUGUCUGUCUGUGAGAAUUUUCUCUCGUUCAGCUCCGAGUAAUUAUGAUUGGUUUAUGGAGCAACUCAGAGGAGAUACCUUCAAAGACCUUGUGAAAGAGACCAAGCCCUUUUAUAUAUCAAAUAGCAAUCGUUAUGAGUUCAUGGAGGAGAUCCACAAGUGCAAUUUUGCUGUGCUUUAUCACACAAAACAUCAAGGCAGGAUAAAUAUCACAAAUGUCAACGACUCGCUUUAUGAUGAAGAACUUAAGGAGCUUUUUGAUGCUUUAGGGAAGAAGAAUGUCAUAGUGCUGAUUGAUGAUCUUGACAGCAGUGGGUAUGGAGAAAAGUUCCAAAUCCUGGAGACGCAGCCUGAUAUGAAGAAUCUGGCUGAGGAAGUGUUCCUCUUCAGUGAGGCUGAGAAGAAAGACCCCAACUUGAUGGAAGACAAGUUACAGCACAUCAAGUUUAUCAUGUCAUCAGGGUCUGGAGAAAUGACUAGCCCUGUGCGCAUGGAGAAACUGUGUACUUUCUUGUUCUCCAUGGCUUCCUGGCUGGUUAACAGUAUAACAUAUAUUAUGAGCGUAUCUACCUGGCAACGCAACCUCAGAGCAGGUUUGUGUCAGUGUUUCAGAAGGACGGAGGCCCCAUAUGAGAUGUGUGGUCAUUCAGUGGCCACGCCCUGUCUGUCUGUGAGAAUUUUCUCUCGUUCAGCUCCGAGUAAUUAUGAUUGGUUUAUGGAGCAACUCAGAGGAGAUACCUUCAAAGACCUUGUGAAAGAGACCAAGCCCUUUUAUAUAUCAAAUAGCAAUCGUUAUGAGUUCAUGGAGGAGAUCCACAAGUGCAAUUUUGCUGUGCUUUAUCACACAAAACAUCAAGGCAGGAUAAAUAUCACAAAUGUCAACGACUCGCUUUAUGAUGAAGAACUUAAGGAGCUUUUUGAUGCUUUAGGGAAGAAGAAUGUCAUAGUGCUGAUUGAUGAUCUUGACAGCAGUGGGUAUGGAGAAAAGUUCCAAAUCCUGGAGACGCAGCCUGAUAUGAAGAAUCUGGCUGAGGAAGUGUUCCUCUUCAGUGAGGCUGAGAAGAAAGACCCCAACUUGAUGGAAGACAAGUUACAGCACAUCAAGUUUAUCAUGUCAUCAGGGUCUGGAGAAAUGACUAGCCCUGUGCGCAUGGAGAAACUGUGUACUUUCUUGUUCUCCAUGGCUUCCUGGCUGGUUAACAGUAUAACAUAUAUUAUGAGCGUAUCUACCUGGCAACGCAACCUCAGAAUUGCCAUGGAAAUCAUCAAACAGUGCUGGAUAUGUGUUUUAUCUGUAUUACACUGGAGUGUUAUGAUAAUCAUCAGAAAAUGCUGGACAUGUGUUUUAUCUGUAUUGAAUUGGUGUUUAAAGAUGGUCCAAUUCAUUCUAGAAUGCAUCAAAAAUGUUUUCACAUGGAAAUCUCAGCAGUAUAGAAAGAACAAACCGAGUGUUAUGAUAAUCAUCAGAAAAUGCUGGACAUGUGUUUUAUCUGUAUUUAAUUGGUGUUUAAAGAUGGUCCAAUUCAUUCUAGAAUGCAUCAAAAAUGUUUUCACAUGGACAUCUCAGCAGUAUAGAAAGAACAAACCGCUCUCACCCAGUCCUCAUGAGUCGGAGGUUGUUCAGACUUCCAAUUAUUCGGGAUUAGCAACUUUGCCGUCUGGAUUAAGUGGAAGAAAGUGGGACCGUUUUUCCGGACCUCAUAAAUUCACUCAUUCUGGUCAGAGUGUUAUGAUAAUCAUCAGAAAAUGCUGGACAUGUGUUUUAUCUGUAUUUAAUUGGUGUUUAAAGAUUUUGUUCCAGAUGGUCCAAUUCAUUCUAGAAUGCAUCAAAAAAAUGUUCACAUGGAAAUCUCAGCAGUAUAGAAAGAACAAACCGCUCUCACCCAGUCCUCAUGAGUCGGAGGUUGUUCAGACUUCCAAUUUCUCGGAAUUAGCGACUUUGCCGUCUGGAUUAAGUGGAAGAAAGUGGGACCGUUUUUCCGGACCUCAUAAAUUCACUCAUUCUGGUCAGCUCUCACCCAGUCCUCAUGAGUCGGAGGUUGUUCAGACUUCCAAUUUCUCAGGAUUAGCGAUUUUGCCGUCUGGAUUAAGUGAAAGAAAGUGGGACCGUUUUUCCGGACCUCAUAAAUUCACUCAUUCUGGUCAGGGCAGAUCUGAGGUGGAUGGACAGCUCCAAUCCACAUUACCAACUGGAGGAGAACUUCAUAGCUAUAAAAGAACUCCUAUCAUUGGGAUCUUCUCCAGGGAUUCUGAGGAGUCGUACAUGUGGCUCACUAAACAUCUCACACAUGAGUUUCAUAUCAAAACCUUCUACAUAUCAAACAGAGGAGAAUGGAAGCACACUGGUGAUUUCUAUGAGUGUACAUUUGCCAUUCUCUAUCACACAAAGAGAAGAGGCCGGGUGAACAUCACUGAUGUCACAGACUCUUUGUAUGAUGAAGAACUAAUGUUCCUAUCCUCAGAGCUAGGAAAGAAGAAAGUGAUUGUGGUGAUUGAUGACUUGUAUGAUGCUGGACUUGAGGCAAAGAAUAUGAUUCUGCGUAGCCAGCCAAGUAUAAGGAACCUGGCUAAUGAACUGUUUCUGUUUAGUGUAAAGGAGAAACAGUUCCUUCUGGUUGAUGGUCCAAUCACAAAGAAAUUAGCAGCCAUGAAAUUAAUCUUUUACGGUAGAUUCUGCUCAAUGUGUGUAGUAUGACAUAUAUUUUUUCCAUACUUGUAAAAAGUUUCACUCAGUAGCUUGUUAUGCCAUGUUGGAUAUAUGGAACCAUUACAUUACUCCACCCAACUGUAUACUUAGUAUCCAAAUUUACUCCACCCAACUGUCUAUUUAGUCAGUAUACAGAUUUCUCAACAAGAAAAAUUGACCAUUUUGAAAUGGAUGAAGUUGGUAAGGAUGAACCAGACAACAAAACGCAGAAUGGAUAAAACACAGCAAGGCCUCUCCGGGGCAUGCAAUUGUUUGUAACCAAAAUGAAGUAGUUAAUGGUGAUAAAUACAGAGAUUGUGAAAUAAGCUGUUGUAUUAAAUAAAAUUGUGGCUAACAAGCAAUUACAGAACUCAUAGCUCCCUAUACCAGAAAAUAUCUGGGAUAAUGGAACUAAUAGUCUAUUGGCAUCUAUUAAAAAGAUACAGUAGAACCCCCAAUUUACAUUUUUCAGGGGACCCAGAAAUAUAUGUAAAAUACGGGAACAUAUAAAACUAGGCAAAUGUGUUAAAUCAAGACUUUCUUCAAGUACUCAAAGAAUAUAAGCGCAAGAGUCCGUUUUACUUUGUGUUGUAGUUGAGCCGGCAUUCAAAAGACCAAACUUUGACAUUUAUUUUGUACAAUCAAGGGGGCCUUGCGUGUUCAACAACACUUAGAGGCAGAUUUACCAAAGCUACAGAUGCAGCCACUUUGGUUUGUCUGUUUGACACAGAAUAA